CAGGGCUGCGUCUGGUUGGUCUGCGCUUCUGCCAUCUUCCUUCCCGUCUUUGGCCCCUGGGACGCUGGAGGUUCUGGCUGGGCAUUUCCUUCAUUCCCCUCGGGGGCGCUUGAAAUCCUGCCUCCCCGCAGUCUCCCGUUUAAGGUCAGCCCACGGGUGGGGGGGGCUAAAUAUUACCCUAUGAAGGACAAGAAGGGGCUGCGUUGGUGACGUAACUGCCUUGUCAAUGCAAUAACAAAAUUCACGCCUGAAACGAGUGGCGUGAAUUUUGCCCAUUAGCGCCUCGGACCCCACAAUUUUAUUUCCCCGCUGCAGCGCCUUGUGCGGGGGGGGGAAGGGGGGGCGUAGCAGACGAAGGCCCCUCCUGCCCACCCUGCGCCUGAAGCCCUCCUUUGCCGCAUCCGGAGCGAGGGCGCAGGCGGGGGUCGGCGGGCAGCCGAUCGGGCUCAGGAGGGAGAGGGGGGGGACUCGGUCCCGAGCGAGCGUCGCCCACACCCGGCUCGGUCUGCGUCGCCUUGACAACGGGGAGGCGGAUGCCCGUGGCCCGGGAGCGCCCAGCUGGCGCUGCGGCAGUCCCCGCGAGCCGGCCCUUCUCUUGGCGCCCGCGGCGAGGCGCCGCCCGCCCUGCGGGGCUGCCAUGUCCCAGCCGGGGCCCCCGGGGCAGCGGGACCAGACGGAGUGCGGCAUCUGCUGCGAGAGCUUUGACGGGCGCGGCCGGCGGCCCAAGGUGCUCGGCUGCCGCCACCAGGUGUGCGCCCGCUGCCUGCGCCGGAUGGUGGAGGCGGGCGGCUCCCCCGGCCGCCUCUGCUGCCCCUUCUGCCGGCAGGAGACGCCGGUGCCGGGCGAGGACGUGGCGCGGCUGCCGGACAACGGGCGCGUCUUGGCGCUGCUCUGCAAGCCCCCGCCGUCCCCGGAGGUGCUGCUGUGCCCCGGCGGGCUGGAGCCCUUCGCGGGCGGCAAGCACCGCUCCUCCGACUGCCUGGUCAUCACCCUGCUGGAGGUGCCCGAGGAGGCGGCCGCCCCCGAGGCGCUGGACCUAGUGGACGUCAUGCGCUUCUACCGCCCGCCCAGCUUGGCCUCCUUGCCCUGCCGCGGCCCGCUGCCCCUCUGCCGGGCCUGCGGCACCCAGCGGGCCGUCCCCCGCUUCCUGCUCGGCCUGCUGGGCCUGGUCUACUUCAGCUCCCUGCCCCUGGGCAUCUACCUCCUGCUGGUGGAGCGCCCCAACCUGGGCCUGGGCCUGGUCAGCCUGGUGCCCUCCACCCUCCUGCUCUGCAUCUUCUACAGCCUCUGCCAGUGCCUCUGCCAGGACAUCUUUGACUUGCCUGCCUGAACUGCCUUGGGAGGCCACCUCCACGCUCCUUGCCCUUCACACAGACCCCCCCCCUGCCCCCAGGGCACCUCCUGGUGCUGCCAGGCACCCCCUGAGGUCCAUUUCACGGCAUGGGGCGGGGCAGCUUCCCCCUCCGGCAGCCUCACUUCCAUGAAGUUGGUCACCCGGAUGGCAGAGAUGCGCAUGGUGCCCAGCCUCCUCCUCUCUUGCUUGUGGAUGCCUUCCUCACCAGGAACAGCCAACCCGUUUGGAGUGGAAAACUGUGCAGAGAGCCUGCAGGCCAAGAAGAGCCUCUGAAGCGACCCCAAGGGAACCAUUCCUUACAACAGAAAUUGAACCUCCAUGCAUAGUGGCAGCGUACCUGACAACCACACCCCGUCUGGCAAAGGACAUCCUUUACCUGCAUUUCACUAUUAGGAAGAUUUAGGCUGGAGACUUUGGGAAACGCUGGAGCUGGCAGGUGGGAGGCUAACUCCCCAGUGGAUCCAUCUGGAUGAAGGUCUCUCUGGAGGGAUGAUGGGGGGACAAUGGGGAAGGGGAUCCCAGGAAAACAGUCCCGAGGAGCAGCCCAGCAAGAGCCUGUUGCUUCCUCACCGCAAUGAGGCUGCAGGUGGUGGGUGGGCAGCAAUAAAACCUGAGCACGAAUGAGGGAGGAGGCUCCCUCUGUCUCCAGGCAGCCCUUCCCAGCUCCUGUGCAGCAUUCGCAUCCUGACCCUGCCUCCACUUCCCAGAGGUUGCGCCAGGCUGGAUGCCCAGACUGGUAAUGGGCAAGUUCUUGAUGCAAUGAAGGGAGUGUGCCAGGACCCUCCUGAGAGUGCUGCCCCCCCCGUUGCUAAAUGAAGGGCCUCAUGGGGAAAGUGGGGGUGCCAGAGGCCAUCCAAAAGUCCCCUGAUGAUUCAGCUCAAGACUCUGCAUCUUUCCUGGAACUCCCCUCCCCCCUCUCAGUUUGUCUGGCUUCUUUCCUCCUGGGGGAGAAAGUGGGUACGCCCUUUCUUUUUUGGCUGAGGACUCAGGGCACCCCUGGAACCCCAUGUUCCAGCAUCCCCCCUUCCCCCCCCCAUGGUCCCCUUCAGGAAAGCACUCAAGGCCUCCAACACUGCCAAGGCUGAUCAAGCCUCCAAAUCCCAGGGUCAGAAGGGACCCUUGAGGACAUCCAGACCAUCCCCACUCAAUACAGGGGGGCAUCCCAAAGACAAAUGACACAGCCCCCCUCCCCCCGCCAGCGUGGGCUCCCUUGUCCCUCCACUCAGACUCUUCAGGCCCACUGCCUUCCUCUGGCUGAAGGUCCCUCUGGAAGACUCUGGGGCUUUGUGGGGGCUUCCACGCAGCUGCUCUGCUUCCUCUGUCUGGGAGGAGCAGCUGAAGGAGGCAGAGGGGCCAUGGGGGGGCUGAGCUGAGCCUGCCCUGGGAAGCUGCCUGAUCCGCCAGAGGAACCCUUGGGCAGGAGGCAUCCAGGCCUUUGGGAGCCCUGUGAUGGCCAGAAUGGGAGCGGGCCCUCCGAGUGAGUCUCUGACAAUGGGGGUUGUGUUUUUUGUUUUUGCAAAACUGGUCUUGGGUCCCUCUUCUCCCACCUCCAAAUGCCCACAAGGGAAGUGUGUCUCACCACUCAGAGACCGGCUUUGGUGUGCAAAAUCUGGAGUCUCAUUCUCUGACUGUGGGGUCUGCCUUGGAACACCUGGAGUCAGAGGAAAAGAAACAGUCCCUCCCCCCCCCCCCCACACACACCUCUUUCCUCUCCUCUCCGAGCCCUGGGUGCCCAGGAGUAAAGCAAGGGGGCAGGACAGCUUUGGCUAAAUCCGGGUUGGGAAUGCCAGGAUCCCCGCAAGAGAGACGUCUAGACGGGCCCCCUGAUCGCCCCUCUCUGCCCUGCUAGGCUCAGCUUGGUCUCCUCGGCGGCUGCGUCCCAGACAAGAAGCAGGACAUCAUGUCAGAGAGUAAUCCAGCCCAGAGGAGGCAGAGCUGCAGAGAAGAACUGCCAGCAAGGCUAAACCUUCUUUCACUAACCCAGAAUCAUUCUGUGAGUUGGAGGCAGGGAGAGAGUUUGGCUCUGGACUUCAGAGAGUCAAGGGGGGGGGGAUUCAAAAGGGCCGAGAGAGAUCCAACACACAGAAUGGGGGAGGCUCUGCCUGGGGGCGCUGCUGUGAGUAACACUGACAUGUGGGCGCCUAUCAAUCAAAGGUUUGAAAAAACAGAGGUGGGUGUAAUGAGAACACUUCCUAUUACAUUAAUUGUUCUGUCAGUGAUAAUUCUCACCCUUUCACAUUUCACAUGAUUCACGCGUGGGAUAAUUCUCAUAUUUGAUUGAACCUACAGUAUUAAAUUUUUGAUGUUUUGGUAUGGUACAUCUGGCAAUAAAACAAUUGAUAUAAUUCCUUA